GCCAUAAUUUCUAACACUAGAUCUUUUCCACGCUAAUUGUCUCCAAAUGCUUCGCAGUGCCUUUUGCCAGAGCUCUCGCCUUAUCCGAUUGUCAAAACCAUGCAUGCGCAUCAACCAAAGAGCAUUUCAACAUGUCUCGUUGGUCCUUAAGGAACAUUCAGGCGAUCCAUUCCCCUACCUCCAAGAUCGCCAUUCCAAGCAAGUGCAGGUUGAAGAUCCCUACCCCAGGCUAGAUCCCAUACCUAGACCUAACGAAUCACUCGAGACAAAGCGAUCUAGACUUGUGUACCAGUCAAGGAAAAGAGGAAUUUUGGAAACGGACUUGUUGCUCUCCACCUUUGCUAAGAAGUUCCUACCCAACUUUGACAUGGAGCAAUUGCUUCAAUACGACGCUUUGUUGGAUGAGGCUGACUGGGAUAUCUUCUACUAUGCUACGUUCAAGAAGGACGUUCCAGAGCACCUCCAGUCCAAUCAAGCGCUUCAAAUGCUCCAGCAGCAUGCUAAGAAUGAAGGCAAGGUGAUCCUCCAGAUGCCCAGCCUGAGUGUAUAAUCGAAUUACUGGGACUAUCUUGUUUUCUUCUUCACAUCAAAAACGUACAAACAUUGUUUUGGUAAAAUAGUGUCGUAGCAUCAAACUGUUGAACAGCCAAAGAAUACCAUUGUCAAA